UAUACAUACACCAAUUCUAUCUCUAUAGGUUUACCUUCACUGUUCAUUUUUGUUGUUGUUUUCAGCUCAAUUCGACUUGCUACCUUCUUUCUUUUUGGUGAAUUUUGUUUAGCUUAUAAUGGAAUUCUGGAGAUUAUAUAUAUAUAUAUAUUUAUUUUUUUUUGGAUAAAUUUUGGAUUUGAUUUGGUUGUUUUUGAAUCAUUUUUCUGACGAAUUUUGAGGUGUUUGAUGCGUAAGGAUUGAUUGAUUACAUUUGAUCAAUCCUUGAGAGAGCAGAUUCAAAAAUUUGAGUUCUCUCUGGUGCUUCAGUGUUGAGCUCUGGGCACCAACAAAAUGCACCUUCCUUUAAUUGCUAUUCUAUUCUUGUGAGAAGCUGCACCUGCAUUUUGAGAAUGAGAGAAAAGAAUGAGCAAGGUCUUAAACAUUGCUGGCGGAUGACCUAGAUAAAUUAUCAGAAAAAUGGGUAAUUGUUGCUGCUGCUGUUGUGCUUCAAAGCGAGUGGAAUUGAAUGGUUCACCCUCAUUCUAUCGUUAUCCUAUGGUGCCAGAAGAGCGUGAACCCUUGUCAUCUCAUCAUGUCACAGCUGCAGCAUUCUCCACUGCGCUUUUGGUUGAUACGAAUCUGGACACCUCAAGUCCUGACACUUACAGACCACCUCCAAUGCCAAUGCCUUAUGAAACAUAUGUAGGAAGGCCCAGGACUCCACCAGGUCCAGAUAGCAUCAAGAAUGAGGCUGCUGUUCAAGAAACAAACAGUGAAACUGGUGGCGCACUAAACUCAGCAGACACUCCUGAAGCUGUAGACAAGGAUAAAAAGGAGUCUGAAGGUAAUAAAGAUUCCGAAGGCAACGUGCAAACAGAUAUCCAGCUUGAUGCAAUAAAGGAAGUGGAGGAUGAUCUUGAGAAGUCCGAAGAUCUCAAAAAAUCCAAUGUACCUGUAGUUUUACCACCACAAGAGGAGUGUCCCAUCUGUCUUGAAGAAUACGAUGCUGAGAAUCCAAAAAUGAGCACAAAGUGUGAGCAUCAUUUUCACCUUUCAUGCAUUCUUGAAUGGAUGGAGAGAAGUGAAACCUGCCCCGUCUGUGAUCAGGAAACGGUUUUUAACCCUGCAAUCGAUGGAUAGCAAUGGUAAUUCCGCCAAUAGGUGGUUGGUUACUGAAGUGACUUAUAUUGUAUGCGAUGUUGUUCAAUACUUUUGUGUCCGUGAUAGUUAACAGCUUUAGCCAUAUAGUUUCUUCAUUUGCUUCAAAUCGUUGAGCUUGAAUGUGGUAAUAAUUAGGAUAAUGAUUGAUAAGGUUAAAAAAGAGGGAGGAAGAAGAGAAAGAUUGGGUUUCGAUACAUUGCAUAGGUUCGUUUCCAUUGUGAAUAUCCUUAUUUUUAAUCCACGAUAUAUAGGCAUUUUCUAA